AAUUUAAGUGAUUCCAUAAUUCGUCCCCCACUUCCACAUUCCAAAAUACUUGUCUUCAAUCAUUUCAAUUGCCACUCACCCCCUCCACUUUUAAAUCUAAAUCCAACUUGGAUCCCAUUUAAAUCUCUCACUUUCCGUUAACGCCGCCGCCGUCCAUUUGGCCUUGGCUGUAUGAAAUUCACUCCACCCAUUAUACCACCGGUGGAAGUGUCGCCGUCACUGUGAUCUGACGCCACAUUCCCUCGUGGCUGACGCAGUCAACAUUAUUGCCAGUUAUUCAGUCAAAGCAAAAAGCCUAAAACAGAAGAAAUACUGGAGUAGUAAUAAAAGUUUUGAGAAAAAAUAAACAAAUAAAAAGCCGCCUUUUUUUCUUUUCCUUUCUUCUUUCAUUUCGUUGACCUUUUCCUAAUUCAACUUGUACUGCUUUCUUCAUUUUUCUUCCUAAUUUUCUCUAAGAGAUUUCGUACAGAGAGAAAAAAACAUGAAUGGAGUCGCUCCGCCGAGGAGUUCGGGUUCCGACGGUGGCGCCGUCGAAAGUACGACGGUUCUCCGGGCUUAUCAGACCUGGAAAGGCAGCAACAAAUUUUGUCUUCAAGGAAGGUUUAUAUUUGGGCCUGACGUGAGGUCGCUCUUUAUGACUAUCUUCCUUAUAGUUGCCCCAGUUGCUGUGUUUUGCGUCUUUGUUGCAAGGAAAAUUGUGGAUGACUUUGCUGGUCAUUGGGGGUGGUCUAUCAUGGUCGUAGCGGUCAUUUUUACAUUAUAUGUCUUGGUCCUUCUUCUACUAACAUCUGGAAGAGAUCCUGGUAUAAUUCCUCGCAAUCCUCAUCCUCCGGAGCCAGAAAACUUUGAAGGAAGUGCCCAAGCUGGACCUGGUCAAACUCCACAAUUACGUUUGCCCCGCAUCAAGGAAGUGAAUGUCAAUGGAAUAACUGUAAAAGUUAAAUAUUGUGAUACCUGCAUGCUGUAUAGGCCUCCACGCUGUUCUCACUGUUCAAUUUGCAAUAACUGCGUGGAACGUUUUGACCAUCACUGUCCCUGGGUAGGGCAAUGUAUUGGAUUGAGGAAUUACCGUUUCUUCUUCAUGUUUGUCUUCUCAACAACUCUUCUUUGCUUAUACGUUCAUGGCUUCUGCUGGGUCUAUAUUAGAAGGAUCAUGGAUGGUGAGCAGACCACAGUCUGGAAAGCAAUGGCCAAGACUCCUGCCUCUAUUGUGUUAAUCAUUUAUACAUUCAUAUCAGUCUGGUUUGUUGGUGGCCUGACUGUCUUCCAUCUUUAUCUUAUCGGCACAAACCAGUCGACAUAUGAGAACUUUAGAUAUCGAUAUGAUCGGCGGAUCAAUCCCUUUGACAAAGGUGUACUCCGUAACUUCUUAGAGAUAUUCUGCACCAGUAUUCCUCCUUCCAUGAAUAGAUUCAGGGCCAAAGUACAGAAAGAACCCGAGAUACCAGCUCGUGAAGUGGCUGGUGGUUUUGUUAGUCCGAACUUGGAGAAAACUAUGAGCGACUUAGAAAUGGGAAGGAAACCAGCUUGGCGUGAGAUUGCAAGAGGAAGCGGUGAUUUUGAAGGACAACCUAGAAAUGAUAGUCAGUUAGAUAAGGAUGAAGAGCUCUCGGCUGCAUCCCCAGAGCUAAGCAACUCCACCUUGGCUGAGGGGCGUAGUAUCCUACAUCCCAGACGCUCUAGUUGGGGAAGAAGAAGUGGAACUUUGAACAUACCACCUGAUGUAAUUGCCAUGGCAUCUGAAAUUGGAGAGUCUAAUCGGACUACUGUCAGUGAUAGUGCUUACCGGACUGACUACCAGCAAUAGUAGCUGAUCUGGUUGCUGUUUAAAUUAUUGUAGAAGAACUGACAAAUAGAGAUCUUAAGCCAGAGGAUGAUAGAAUCAAUGGAUAGGAUCUGAUUAUCCUUGAGGUGUGCUGUUGUGUGUAUAAUUCUAUUUUUUUUUUCUUUCUUUUUGAUAGUUCUUUGAUGUGUGUUUAAUCUUUUUGCGAUAAGGUUGAAAAAUGUGCUUAAUCUGCAAAGAGACCCCCAAAAAAAAAAAAAAAAAAAAAAAAAAAAAACAAGAAAUGUCUUACCAGUAUUGACUUCCCACUCUUAUAUAUGAUAUAUUAUCGUGAAGAUUCAAAUUUUAUUUCUA